AUGCGUAAGGCAAAGGAAGCCGAUCUACCAGCGAUAGAACCUAGGUUUCGUGCAGCGUCGCAGGAGCCGCAAGCUCGGUAUGUUCGGUAUGUAUGUUUUGUCUCGUUACUCAUGAGUAGUGAUAAAACGUCGAAACUUUUGAAAGCAAGCGCUAGCGGUAGAACUCCGGAUCAAGCGGGCAACCGCAGCGAAGGUAAUCUUCACAAUGCGACAAAGGGCAAACGAAACAGUUCCUUAGGUGAACGGACGUUACGACAUCAAAUAGCACAAGCACCAAUCAGGCACCAUUUGAUGUUAACGGCUCGGGCACAAACAUCAGACUGCAAGUCAUCAGCACCGCCAAUACGGGCGAGACCUCUCUAG